AUGAAACCCUCAGCUAUGCAAGAAAGCGGUGGAUAUGGGGCAGACGUGUCUGGGAACAGGCUCUCUGAUGGUGUAGACAAGACCAAAAUCGGCGUUACCAAUGAUGCUUACUCGGAAGACAACAGUAACAUAAGGGAGGAGAGCUCUAUGAUAUCCAAUCUUCCCCUCUUGUUUGCCAAUGGUCAUCCCACAUCCCUGGAGAAGAUCACAAUGGUGCAGCUGGAGCGCUUUAUAUCCUUCAUGGUUCAUUGUUCGUUGGGGCACGACACCACGAAAAUUAUUAACCAACCUCAGUGGUGGCCUCAGGACGUUAAGUUUUCAAAUCCACUGACAAGACCCAAGAAGAUCAAUGAUAACUGGAUGGCGAAUCUGAAGAAAUUAGUUUUCCGUUGUUAUACGUACCACAGAAGCGAGUAUUUGCUGCGUUUUUGUUCCUACCUGGCCCGAUACCCACACGAAGAGCUGCAGUACGUCAAUAAUUGGGACUCGACGACUAGUUUGUAUCACAAAAGCACCGGAAAGCUCUUAGUGACGUUCCGUAAUGAGAACAUGAAUUAUGACAAGAAGAACGAAAGCUCGCGGAGAACGUUGUUGUCUCACAAUGCAACUUCACCCGGAUACGGUAACAAGGUCAAGCAACAGAAUACUCCCAUGAUGGUACAACCACCAUGCGACGACAUUUAUCUGUGCGACAAUUGCGACGCCGAGUUCGUCGGUCUUACGAAGAUGAAGGAGCACGAGAAGAUAUGUGGUGAGCAAGAGAACGGUGGUAGUGGCUCGCGAUCCUCCACGCCUGAUUUGUCCGUGGUCGAGCCCGAGCGACAGCAGCAUCAAUUUCUAGAGUACUUUAAUUUGAGAUCAAUUGAGACUGAAGCUAAGCCGCCUGAUGUGAUUAACACGGCCGAGACUGACAACGGUAUCGUUAAACGAACGUCCCGGCGCGUCAGAGGUUCCCUCAAUUUCGCUAGAUGCGCCAGCAUCCCGUUCUCGUCGCCCGCCGGUUUGGUAUUGGCGAAGAAGUCCAAGAUAAUGACCCAGGAGACGCAGCAAGAACGACUGGACCGAAUAGAGAGACACGUUAUCGCGCCAGUAUUAAACAGUACUUGCAGACCAAAGUGGUUGGACGCCGAACCGGACUACGACAGAUGGGUGGUCACGUACAAGCCAAGCCGAGAUAAGCCGAACGACGAUUACGUCCAUCAAUAUAGAUUCGUGAAUUCAUCCAAAUACAAGCCAGCUCUGAGUAUAGAGGCACAACUGCUGUACGCUGCGUGUCAACCCAUUUACGUCGUUCUUACUCGACUGAGUGAAAAGCAGAUCGAGAAGCUGCAGCAGGACCCCUCGCAAUAUCAACCUCCGAACCUCGCGCGGGAGGUUAAGUUAACGAGAAGAAAAGCGGGGCCGGCUUGCAAGACGAAGUCGCGACCGGUGGCUAACGCACAAAACGCGUCGCUGUCUGCGAAGCGCAAAGCGUCGCUGGGAAACGAGUCCGAUCCGAUCGUCGUCGAGGAUGACGAGGUCAGCGCAUCGUUGACGGUGAGCACUAGAGGGGCUUUGACUGCGUCCACCGAUGUGAGGUCACCUUCCGCGUUCAAGACGGAAGAUCUUACGAAGCCAGUCAGAGAGAAGAAGUCGUGUCCAACGAGUUCGAUUAUGCUGAUCGAUCUUUGCUCGUCCGACGAGGAGGAGGAUCGGCGUACUUUGACGCCGACUUGCGACGAAAAUAGGGAUCCUAUGAGCUCCACGGAGCCCUCGAUCACGAGGUCCUUUCUGCGAAAAGUCACUUCGACCAAACACUACGCGAAACCUCAUCCCGUGCCCUCGCCAACGGAUCGGUUAUCCAGUAACGUGCUGAACGAGGAUAGGAAAGAAAAUUGUACGAAUAAAUCCCGAACUGGUGUAUUGAACGAGUACGCACACCUUUCUCCUGUUCUCAGAUCAGCACCGUGAAUAUAUCGGCUCCGCCUGAGGGCUGAGGAACCCUUAAGAUUAUGUCUUUUGUGCGUUGUCAUCUAUGUACAUUGUUUACCUUCGUAUUUAUUAUUCUACCAAUCGAACGGAUAACGAAGUCACGUUAGACAGUCCGUAUCAUCAUCAUUAUGAUUUCGGUUUCGGUGGGUAAAGCUUGCGAGUUGCGAUAUAUGGACGAAAGAGGAACCAUUGCGUUAAGUCGUAUCACGUUUGAAGGCUCCCAAGUAUUCGGAUGUUUGAUUAUCCGGAUAUCCGCCAAAUCCGUCCCGAUCCGAAAACUUAAAACUGCACUAUUGACCGGAUGGUCCCGGUCAUCCAAGUUUGAAUCUAGGUUCAGACUAGAAUCGAGAACUAGAUCCAGAAAUAAGUUUGGAUUCGGUUAAAGAUCGGCUUGCCAUUAAGUUGUUAAACAUUGAUAUUCGAUGUAUGUUGUUGAAUUUUUCAGACAGAUCUGCAAACGUAGGUUCGGAUUUGGCUUCGAUUAUUUCUUAGAAAGCCCGAGCCUUCUCAGACAACCCGAGAUUUAAGCGUUGUAUUUAUCCAUUGUCCGAAUAAUCGGAUAUCCGGAUAAUAUCAGGUGCGAACGAAUCUUGAAGUUCUAGCUGGGAGAUCAUAGAGAAUACAAGAUUUCCCACAAUUCGCAAUUAUUUAACAAUGAACUUUCAUGAUAGGCUCUCUAGGAAAUUUGAAAAUAUUCAAAUAGGUUAUCGUUUAAUGCAACAUUCUCCGAUUAUAUAAACGUUACAGGUUUCCUUAAGCAAGUUUUACAGUACUACAAAAAAAAUCUUAAAAACGUGAACAUAUAAAACUAAAAACAUAAAUAAUGUUAAUAUUAAUCAAUAAUAUUGUUAUCAUGUUUUCGUAACAUUAUCGAGCCACUGAAAGAGAGAAAGAGAUACUAUCUCUUUUCAAGACUUGUAAUUAGUAAACUUGUAAUUGUUUUGAUACCUCUAAGGAGAAAUCGACUUCAAGAAAUCACCAGAGAAUCUGUUACACACUUAGAUUGCGGGUUGUGAGACACUCUAUGCAUACAGAUCCGUUAUGUGUAUAGUCCAGAAUACAUUUAGUUUGUUACAUACGCCCGCUAUUAUAACUAUUAAUAGGAUUAAGGCUCGAUUUAAGUAGAUAUAAGUCGAAGUAUGUACACACGUUAAGUAACAGAACAGGAUAUAUGAGCGCACUUUUUAAUACGUCCCGCACAGUGAAAUUUACCGGAAUCUGACAGAAGAGAGAACCAGACAAAUUAAUCAAGGCAAUUUGGCUUACACGGGUAUAUAUAUAUAUAUAUAUGUUAUUGUACAACAAGAGAGAAAAUUCGUCUUUCCUUGUAAUUGCGAAAAGUUGCGUAACGAAGAAAAAAAAAAAGCCUCAUAUUUGUUUGUUAAAACUGCUACAGCCGUAUAGCGGAAGUAUGUAAAUACAUAUGUUACUCAUCUGGACGAGAAGAUACAGUUCACGCAGUUUAUAAUACAUAUAUUCAUUUACAUUCUUCAA